CCAAGAAAUUUUUAUGGUUGCACUACAUAACCUAAUUUUUCGGAAACGCUGAAUAUGCCAUAACCUCACAUUCUCCAGAAUUGCGCAACAGGUGUUUUUGCUAACUGCCCGGAAAAUAGUUAAAAAUUGUUUUAAAAAAAUGUCUGAAUUGGUUUUUCUCGUGAUCACAGUAAGUGAUACUUGUGCGGAAAAUGCAGCUCAUGAUCGCAGUGGACCGGCCUUGAAGGAAAAACUUUUAGAAUUGUUUCCUGCGUGUCGCGUGGAAAAUGUAAUUUGUCCGGAUGAACAUGAGAAAAUAGAGAAUAUUCUUACCUCUGGCUGUGAUAAUUCAGCAUACCAUGCAAUUUUUACAACGGGUGGGACAGGAUUUGCACCCAGAGAUGUCACACCAGAAGCCACGAGGAAGGUGAUUGAGAAGGAGGCUCCACAGUUGGCUCAAGCCAUGCUCAUUUCCAGUCUGGCAGUUACCCCAAUGGCUUCCCUUUCUAGAGCGGUUUGUGGUGUGAGAAAAAGCACCUUGAUCGUCAACCUCCCGGGUAGCCCAAAAGCUGUCAAGGAGUGCUUGGAUGCGAUCUCUCGUGUGUUGCCUCAUGCAAUCAGCCUCUUGGGCAAUGAUUCUAAAACCGUGGCACGCGAUCACAAAGAGAUCCAAAAAGGUCGAUGCGAUUGUUCAAAGAACGAUCUUCCUGGUGGAAAGGUAUCUGAACGUGCAUCAAAGUAUCCCAUGGUAGAGCUUCAAGAUGCCCUUGAGGCAGUCUUCAGAGUAGCUGGUUCAUAUCGCAAAUCUUGUUCGUGGAUCAAAAGUCCUGUGAAUCUUCCACCUUUUCGGGCAUCAAUAAAAGAUGGAUAUGCUGUUAAAUCUUCAGGGGGAGGUGGUAAAAAGAGAGUACUGGGAAGUGUCUCUGCGGGUAAUCCAACAGUUAAUGUUGAUUUCCCAAUUGAUGCUUGUUUUAAGAUAAAUACCGGAGCACCUUUGCCUCAUUAUGCUGAUGCCGUUGUUCAAGUUGAGGAUACAAAACUCCUCGAAAUGGACGGUAAUCAGGAGGUUCUUAUUGAAAUUCUAACAAUUCCUGAAAAGAAUACUGAUAUCCGACAAAUUGGAUCUGACAUUGCAAAGGGUGAUGUGCUUUUCUCAACUACGCCACCUCUGUGUGCUGGAAAAUUGGCUCUUGCUGCAUCAAUUGGCACGGCUUUACCACAAGAAACACCCAUUACAAUUGCCAUAGUUUCUACGGGUGAUGAAAUUGUACAGACGGGCGAAGAGCUCAAAGAUGGACAAAUCUACGAUAGUAAUACGCCAAUGUUGAAAAAAUUACUGGAGGACUUUGGCUUUCAAGUAAAUUGCACAGAGAUUGCUAGAGACACCUUCGAUGGCUUGAAAGAAACAUUGGAGCGGAUGUUUGAGCAGAAUUCCUUUGUCAUUUGCUCAGGAGGUGUCUCAAUGGGUGACAGGGAUUUUGUGAAAUCUGUCCUAAAAGAGAUGCAAAUGGACAUUCUCUUUGGUCGUGUCAAUAUGAAACCCGGAAAACCACUCACAUUUGCCUGCAAGGAGUCUGAGGGGAAGAUGUUCUUUGGACUUCCGGGGAAUCCAGUGUCAACAUUCGUAACAUUCCAUCUUCUGGUUCUCCCAGCCCUUCGCUUCGUCAGCAAUCAUUCAGAAGCUAAAUGUCGUCUUCCAGUCAUCAAAGUCAAAAUUGCUCAGAAUAUUGAGUUAGAUCCUCGUCCGGAAUACAUGAGGGCCACCAUCAAGUCAAUCAACGGAGAAUUGUGGGCAUCAGUUACUGGAAAUCAGAUUAGCAGCAAUCUCAGGAGCCUCAUCGAUGCUGAUGUUCUUCUUCACAUUCCCAUGACGACAGCAGCAAGAACUUCAAUUGCAAAAGGUACUGUCGUCAAUGCAACAAUUCUAAAGCACGAUUUUAUCUCAGAAUUUAUUUAGAAAGCUUAGUUUAAGAUAAAAAAAAAGAUCAAAAAAUCAGAUAAGAUAAAAAAAGAAAAGUUAAAAUUAGUAAAGUCGAAUCCAAUAUUUUCACGAAUUUAAGUAACAAAGAUUUAGAUGCUGACUUUAUAAAACUAUAAAGUUAAUAACUUAAAAAAAAAUCGCAUGGAUUGUAAAUUGUAUUUAUUGACUUUUAUGAUUACGAGGGAACUAAUUGCUUUUAAUUAUCUUACCAUGGAAAAAUCAAACUAAAAGAAUUGAAAUUUUGAUUUGAAGGAUUGCUUAGAGAAAUAAUUAAUCUCCGGCUCGAAGGACCAAAUAUGAUAUUGGCAAUUUAUUUAUGAGGACUUUAAUAUGUAAUAUUGAUUUCAAAUAGAUCAAGAUUAUUAUUUUUUUUUGAUAAGCGAUGGAGUCAGGUUAGGAGUGGCUUGUUUAAUGUGGUCUUUGCGACGACUUCGGCUAAGCCACGGGAUUGGGUCGUGUUUGAGCGUAAAACCAUUUUGUGUAGUCAAAAUGGUUAUUUUGAUUAUUUUAAUUUAAAAAAAAAAUAUGGGAGAUUUUUAUAUGUCGUAUCAAAAAGUGAUCUUUGUAUUCUUGAGAGUACUAAUUAAUCUCCGGCUCGAAGGACCAAAAAAUGUUAUUGAUGAGCGUUUCAUCUCAUGGGUUUUUUUUUGUCUCUGGUAUUUCUAAGAGAAAUUAUUAUUGUACCAAAAUUUGUUUUGGUAACUAAAAUAUUAUGGAUGACAUCUUUUUUGUCAUCAUAGAUUUUGUUUUUUUAGAGCAUACUAAUUAAUCUCCGGCUCGAAGGACCAAAAAUGCUAUUGGUAAAGAAUUUAUUUGUUGACGGUAUUUAUCGUUUUUAGUGCAACGCUCUAGCAUUUCAAGGAGAUUUAAUUUUUGUCCGGCUCGAAGGACCAAAUAUGAUAUUAAUGAAAAAUUUAUUAAUACACAUUUUAUCAUUUGCUAAAAUAUGGCGAAUUAGAGAAAUAAUUGAUUUCCGGCUCGAAGGACCAAAUUGUUUAUUGGUGAAGCAAAUAUUUUUAGGACAGUUUUUGACGUUGUGAAGUGUCCUUGUACUUUUGAGAGUACUAAUUAAUGUCCGGCUCGAAGGACCAAAAAUGAUAUUGGUAAAACAAUUAUUUAUGAAGGCAUUUAUUGAAUGAUUUUUAACAUUUUUAAGAGAAAUAAUUAAUUUCCGGCUCGAAGGACCAAAUUGUAUAUUGAUUUAAAUUGAUUCUGCCAAACAUGGUUAUUACAUUAAAAUAUUGUUUCCUAAAAAAAAUUUGGUGGAUUGCUAUAGAAGUUUUCCAUCUUUUGUCAUGUGAAGUUAAGUUAUAUAUGUACAUUUUCUUGAACAUGACUUUACAAGAGAAUUAAUAUUUAUCCGGCUCGAAGGACCAAAAACAUGUAUGGUUUCACACAUUAAUCUAUCCUGGAUAGUAGGUAGAAAUUUAGUAAUGCAGGUUUUCAUAAUUCUCUUGUUUGAGAUUUAAUUUUUAUCCGGCUCGAAGGACCAAAAAAUGAUAUUUAUGAUAUAACAAAUAAAUGUACUUCGAAUGU